AUGGUCGCUUCCACGGCUGCCGAUGCAAUUGUGUUCAUCGUUACCUGGCGCCGCACCUAUUGUGCGGUACGACUGUCCCGCGAGGCUAACAUCGAGGCGUCUAUCAGCUCGUUAUUGUUACGAGACGGAGCAACAUAUUUCGCAUCGCUCUUCAUCUUGAACUGCAUCACCAUGAUUAUAGACAUGAAGGCAGCUGUCAGUGUAGAUUAUAUUGCCCUGUCAUUAUCGAGCAUCUUACUCUCGCGCAUGCUCCUCAACCUGCGAGAAGCAGGCCUUCGCGCUAGCGGCCAUGACGCAUCGACGUCUUCCGACCUCCGCAUGCCCAAGUUAGCGACCAUAGACUUCGCGCGGGCUGUUGAAUCAUUCGGAGCGAGCUGGAAUGACGAGGGAGAUACGGAUAUCGACGAAGGCGAACUCGAGGAUGCUGAAGGAUUGGAGGUUGAGAUGACGGCCAGGGAGCCGGCGGAGAUCGGGUCCGCAGAAGCGUAG